AUGGCUGAUGCCCAUGGACGCUCCGGGGGCAGGCGUGCUCCCCGGCUGCUCCCCCGCCCUGGAGUCGCAGCGCCGAUAGUUCACCCGCCGGUGUCCCCACCCACCGCCGAAGCCUUCCUUUGCCCCUUUGUUGCUUUCGACCCGCAGCAUUACUUAUCUACAAGAGGAGCCAUGGGAAGCCCUACUUGGCUAUCUGUCAGGCUCUAUGGCCAGGGCACGACAUUCCAGGGAGCAUGUAUUUUGGCACGGUACCAACCACCAGCACCUGAGACGCCCAUGGCAGGUCUCCGCGCCCCCGAUGGCGAUAAUGACCGACACGGCACUCUCGGGGACUCGAGGGGCUCGACUUCGUCGAUGGAGAGCCUCGAUUUUUUUUCAAUUCCCAAACCCACCAAUGAAGAGCUUAUCAAGCUAGUUCCACGAAAAGAUUCUGGUUACUAUGGGUCGGAGACGCACAGUGACAAGACUGGGAGGGGGACAUCUGGGAUGACUGGGCAAAAUUUUGGAUCGUCGACCAAGAACUUGAGUGUCGCAGUCACGGUCGGGGGUGCUGGCGGAGACGGGCAACCCCUCGAGCUCGCAUCUGCCGAACAGUUCUUUCAUGAUGCCUUCUGGGACGAAGACUACCAGUGGGAGAAUGGGUGGCUGUAG